UGAAUUCUGCAUUCUUUGCAAUUUGUGAUCAAAACAAACCAUAUUUUGGUACUACAAACCUUAAUUCGGUCCAAAAACUAUACAUUCCUAUCAUAAAUGAGCUUGCGAGAGAGACUAAAGCCAGCACUAAAGAUUCUUAAAGCGGUUUCAAUAUGUGGAAGCGGAGUGUUACUUGUUGCUUACCAUUUAAAUAAAACAUACGCAAGUAUCGAUAGAAUUAUAAAUUCUAAUGUUUUGGAUGCUGAAAAGAAGUUUGCUCCUGAGUACAUCUAUAUAGAUGACCCCUCCUUUGAUGCAACUAUAAAAGCAGAGCACAAUAAACAAGAAAAACAGACGGUAGGACUUGCCCGUAUAUGGAAAAGUCUAAAGUAUUCAUUGGCCUGGAAACUCUUGUGGCUAUGCCGUCAUGGUACUAAAGAACAGCGGUCCAUAGCCAUUGAGCAGUUGGCUGCCUUCAAGAAUAACAAAGUGUGGGAUUGUUUCAAACUCGCCCAAGCAUUAGAUAAAAACACCGCUGUACUCCUAGCAAGAACGCGCGGUGCUGACUUACGGUAUUUCCUGCCGCCUCCCAUACAUGUGCGUAGAGCGGCCUCAACAUCUGACCUUCUGUCGUUCAAGCUCAGGGAUAUGAUUGCAGCGGUUCAGAAAAUUAACCCACAUGGCUGCAUACAUUACUUUCUCAACAAGUACUUUGUGAAUAUGCUAGAUCAUGUGAUGGAGGUGGACAGUGCCCCAGCUAAACCAGACAGCAUCAGCGAGAAAGAUCUCUGCCUGCUAUGUUUAGAUGCAUUAUAUCAUCAUGUGUCCCUGUUCAACAAUAAAACUUACGCAGAGGACUCAUCAGCUCAACUAUUAAUAAAAUUAGGAAUUCUGCCAAAACUAGCUGAAGCCCUCCUGCGAUAUAGAAACGACAUAGACAUAGAUCUGGCAGUGCUACGUCUCCUCACAGUACUGAGCGUACACAGUGAGCUGUUGACAGACUUUUUUCAAAAUGGCCUUAUCGGUGAACUUUCCAGACUUCUACGAGCAAGUGAUAUUCGUUUAUCUAGUUCUGCUGCUGUUUGCUUGGUGAACCUUUCAGGGGAGUUUUGUUACAGACCUGGCCUCUACCUCCUUCAUCCGAUCUACCGAACUAGAGUAGCCCACACUUGUGACACUCUACUCGUCCAUGGACUCCGAGGAGGUGUCUUCGUGACUUGGAGACAAAGGGACAAAAGCUGUCGUGAACCGGUCGGUUUCAGAGAUGCUGCUAUCUCAGAUAUUGACAGCGAAUUGAACAAGGAAAAUUUGGAAGUUGAUCAAUAUCUUGAUCCAGAUAUGCAGCAAGUUAUUCAUGAUAUCAUCGAAUCAGAGGAGGAGACUUUGCUGUCCACUGUCGAGGUAGUGCUAGAAGAUCUUCCAAUUGCAGCAAAAAGAGAAGUAGUAAAUGAAAAGUACACAGCUAAACAAAAGCGGGUCGCCUUACAGCAGGAGAAGCAAGAUAGAAUUCACUAUACCCAGUGCUGGCCGAAGGACUGGUUGCCAAAAGACUGUGAUAAUAUUAGAGUAGUUGGCGUCAACUAUUGGAGUACAUUGUCAGACUGGCUGGAGCGAUGUCCACUGCAAAAUGCGGAGAUCACGGCCCGAGCCCAGGAGCUGUCGGACAAACUGUAUGAUGCUGAUGUCGGUAAACAUAAUAUAAUUUGGUUAGCUCAUUCCAUGGGUGGUUUGAUAGUUAAAAAGAUUCUUACAGAUAUAGCAGAAACUAGCGACUCACCCUAUAAGCCUCUGUGUGAAAAAACAAAAGCCAUUGUAUUCUACAGCACUCCACACAAGGGAAGCUCCCUCGCUUCCAUGCCUCGGGCAGCAUCUGCCAUACUCUGGCCGUCAAAGGAUGUUAAACAGCUGCGAGAAAACUCUCCUAUGUUGCUGGAAAUGCACAACUCAUUUAUUAAAAUUGCCGAUAAAUUACAGUGGGAGACAAUUAGUUUUGCGGAGACUUUGCCAACUUUAGUCACCGCCUUCAAGGUUCCCAUUCACUUUGUUGAACCACACUCGGCAGACCUGGGCCGGGGAGUCUACUAUCAGCUUCCUCUGGAUCAUUUAUCGAUCUGCAAACCUGCAACCAGACAAUCUAUUUUAUAUACAUCAGUAUUAAAUGUUUUGUUAGAUGCUGCUACACAAGAAGCUCAAGUCAAAGUUCGUAAUCCACUCAUCCAGAGAAUCAUAGAUCUUAUUUAUAUAGCCAUAAGUACUAAAAUAAGAGUUCUAGUGGAUGUAUUCGAACAACACGAAAGUCCUGACGUUGCAAAAAUCAAUGAUAUACUGUUACAAGCCUCUACUGAUGAUUUUGUGAUAUAAUUAAGUGCUCAAAUAUAGUAUUACUAGUUUUGUAAAAAU